AUGAUGCCACCUCAACCACUCACCAUGCAAAAGCAGCAAAUUGUCUACCGACCCCAAAAAGCAGCAGCACCCAUUUCCUCCUGUUCAAUUUCAAUUGCUCAACAAGUCCCGAUACCUUCAAUGCCUUUAACUUCAAUGCCAACUGUCAGUAUUCCCCAGCAGUCUUCUACCACUCCAGUGAGGACCAAAGAGUCUUCGCCGGAAGAUGAAGAAAUAAAUGUCACUGAGGUUGAAGAAAAAAUCGAUAUAAAAGAGGAACAAAAAGAUGAAGAGGAAAUCGAGGAGAUUUCAAAUCCUAGAACAACGCAUGCUCCGCAAACUGACAUUUUAUUCAAGGUGCGUUUUUGGACAUAA